CCAUCAUAUCCAACAUCAUCCGGACAAUUGAAAGAUAUGAGCGACCGAACAUCUCACAGACAAACACCACAGAGACAAACAUCAUAGAAACAAAUGUCACAGAGCUGACGGCGAACAGAAACUCCACAGAGGACCAUCAGGAAGUUCAUAACUUGGCUGAUCAGUCCUCACCUGCAACAAGGAGCCAGACCUUGGCUGGUAACCUAAUUACUGAAAAACCUGUUGUUGCUAAAAGAAGCGAACAUUCUCGCAUUGUAAACGGAGAGGACUGUCUUCCAGGACAAUGUCCAUGGCAGUCACGCGCUACCAUGACACCUACUUCAUCACCGGCAUCGUGAGCUGGGGCGAAGGCUGCGCACGCAAAGGCAAAUAUGGCGUCUACACACAGGUGUCCAAAUUCAUCCCAUGGAUUCGUGAUGGCAUCAAGGAACUGUUGAAGACAGGGGAGAGCAGCAGGAAGAAGAGACACCACGGCACCAUCACACGGCUGUAUCUGUGAAACAUCUGAAACACUGAGCAGAGUUUAGUCUAAUUUUGCAUAACAACCAGAGGCUUCAUUAACAGCUGCUGACUUUAGCAGCUACAUUAGUGCUAAUGGAGUUCCUCUGAGCUCUGACCUUGACCUCCUAAAUUCCUUAUUUUUCUUUAAUUUCAAACAGAUGGUUUCUAUAUAUGUAGGGCAGCAGGAAGAUCUAUAAAUUAAAACUGAAUUUAUUUUUACUUAAAUAUACUAAUUCCAGUGAAUGUUUUGUUUCAAGUCCUUUUAAAAUCUGUCAUUUUUUUAUGUUCAGCUCUGUGAUUUAUUUACGAACAUACGCUGGUCUUAAAAGACGUAAAUUGUCUCAUUAAAGCUGAUUUUUAAGUUAGCUGUGCAAAAUUUU